UUUGUCAAAAUUCAAACUGUUAUCACACAAGUAUCGUUACAUAGGUUGUUUACUUUAGAUUAUAAAUGUUUUAGUUGUUAGCGUUGUUAGUAUUCAUUUAGUAUUCCUUGAAGAUUGUAAUCGAGAAUGGUGUGAGAAAUUUCAAAGCUCCCGCAGAGAGGGUUGUUGGUCAGACUGUCGGAAAAAAUCAAGUCGUAAACAGGUGUUUUUCAAAACGGAGAAAUGAGGUAGCAUAGCAUGAUGAACGACGAAAAGAAGGGGAAAUGAACAGCUUUUGGUUCUCACGUACGGCGGUAGCCGCGAAGAGUAUCUCCUAGUUACGCAUUCUCAGUUAAAAAUGUUUUAAACGCCAGCAAUAACAAGCGUAUCUCGAGUCGGUAGUGAUUCUCGAUGACGGACCAGUGUUUAAUUACAGAGAAAGUGAUUUAACCCAAAACCGCUUAAUGUUUGGUACUUAUGUGGCCGUGUUUUGAUAUCCCAUUUUCCGAAAAUGCCCCAUCAGUACGGUUUACCGGGUAUAGCUCACGCACAGUCGCCACCAACUCCACCGCCACAACAUGGGGCUAUGUACCCCCGGUUUGCCGGAGCCGUCGUUCCCGGAGGUUAUCGGGGAGAAGACAGGAGACUAACCAGAGAAGCGAUGGAGAAGUAUUUGCGAGAAAGAUCCGACAUGGUUAUCGUUAUUCUACAUGCAAAAGUUGCUCAAAAAUCAUACGGAAAUGAAAAAAGGUUCUUCUGUCCACCACCCUGUAUAUACCUUUUCGGUGACGGCUGGAGGUUACGCCAAGAACAAAUGCUUCGAGAGGGUGAAUCAGAGCAGGCUUCACAGCUCUGUGCAUUUAUCGGCAUUGGAAACUCCGACCAAGACAUGCAGCAGUUAGAUCUGAAUAAUGGCAAGCAGUAUUGUGCAGCAAAGACUCUAUACAUAUCGGACUCUGAUAAACGAAAACAUUUUAUGUUGUCAGUGAAAAUGUUCUACGGUUCCGGGCAUGAUAUUGGUGUGUUUCACAGUAAAAGGAUUAAAGUUAUAUCGAAACCUUCGAAGAAGAAGCAAAGUCUUAAAAAUGCAGAUUUGUGUAUAGCUAGUGGGACUAAAGUGGCUCUAUUUAAUAGGUUAAGAUCACAGACUGUUUCAACAAGGUAUUUACAUGUGGAAAAUGGACAUUUUCAUGCCAGUUCGACACAGUGGGGUGCAUUUACGAUACAUCUUUUGGACGAUAAUGAAUCUGAGAGUGAAGAAUUUCAAGUUCGGGAUGGUUAUAUACACUAUGGCUCAACGGUUAAGUUAGUUUGUUCAGUUACGGGUAUGGCUUUACCAAGAUUAAUUAUAAGAAAGGUUGACAAACAACAAGCUCUUUUGGAAGCUGACGAUCCAGUGUCUCAACUUCACAAAUGUGCCUUUUACAUGAAAGACACCGAACGAAUGUAUCUGUGUCUGUCACAAGAGAGGAUCAUUCAGUUCCAAGCCACUCCAUGUCCCAAAGAACCAAAUAAAGAGAUGAUCAAUGAUGGCGCGUGCUGGACAAUCAUCUCCACUGAUAAGGCUGAGUAUCAAUUCUAUGAAGGCAUGGGACCUGUCAGAUCACCUGUGACGCCGGUGCCGAUAGUCCACAGUCUUCUCCUGAAUGGCGGUGGAGAUGUGGCUAUGUUAGAGCUGACAGGUGACAACUUCUCGCCAUCUUUGCAAGUAUGGUUUGGUGACGUCGAGGCCGAAACGAUGUACAGGUGCCAGGAGAGUAUGCUGUGCGUUGUGCCGGACAUAUCGCAGUUUAGGGGAGAAUGGUUGUGGGUUCGGCAGCCUACCCAGGUGCCCGUCUCCCUCGUCCGUAACGACGGCAUCAUCUACGCCACUGGACUGACGUUUACCUACACUCCGGAACCGGGGCCCAGGCCACACUGUAAUUCCGCCGACGACAUCAUGAGACAGAACCAAAGAGGAGCCGUGGUGGCUCAAUCCCAGAGCCAGCCGGCCAUCGCCGAUUCCGCGUGGAACAUGCACUGAUUUGAUCGGUAUUAAUUAGAUUUUUUCUGUUUAUAACCGAGUCACAGGGAAUCUGUCAUUUUUGACAUGUUUUCUGUGGUUAUAGUGACAAGAAGCCAGCCGGAUGUCGCUGAUUUCGCGUGCAACGUGCUUUGACUCGACCUGGUAAAUUAGAUGUUUUUUUUACAGGGAAUCUGUGAUUUUUUGGCGCAAUAUAUUCACAUGAAUAAUCUGUAAAGCUUGAAAGAGAGACGUACAAUGUGUCCAAAGGUUUUUAUCAAAUCGGAAAAAAAUAUUGAGUUAAUGGAAAGAAUUUCAUUUAAAACGUUAUUUUUAAAUGCUUUUGUUCAAUAUUUUUUUCAUCUUUAGACACAUCUAUUGAGGAUAGAGAGGUAAGGAAAAUUAUCUCUUAUGGGACUUCUUUCUCGUCUGAAAAAGUAAUCACCUAAAAGGGCAAAAUAUGGGUUCGCUGAAUGGCCACAGUAGAGCUAAUAAGCAUUAAAAAAUCGAACUGAAUUUAGUCAUUAUAAAUAAAGUGAAGUUAAUCAAAAAAAAGGGUGGCAACACAUGCCUUCAGUAAUCACAUGUUUAUCUAUAUCUCUUUUUAACUACUUAUAGAUCAUACGAAAUAAACUUUUGCUCACGUGAUUAAGCUUGACCGGCACAGCGUUGCCCACUUUUACAUAGUUUCUUUUAAUCAAAAUAUUUUAGGAAACAAGUUUUUUGCAACGGCUAUUAAGCUGAUGCGGCAUCUUGUACAUUUAACACUAAAAGUGGUUCUAAAAAGAACAACGUUCGACUGCAAGGUCUGCUAGUGAAAAAUAUUAAGCUUAAAGUAUCACCACACAAUUCAUUCAAACCAAAAACUCUUCAAAGAAAACCCAAAAAAACAGUUUCAAAACGAAUGACAAUGUCAGGAAAUUAAUAAGUAAAUGUGGCAAUUUGACUUUUUUUACAGCAGAGCUACCACCUGAAUUUGCAGCGGGAAAUUUAAAUUGCAAUUAGUCAGCCCGGCGCCGAAUACGUCCGUGGUUCGAUGACGAAACUAAUAGCACAGAUAAACUCGCGUAAAAUAACAAUAAACAGAGUAAUAGAGAGAUAUCGCUAAACCGAAUAGCGUGCAUGGACAUUAAUAAGGGUGUUAUUUCCUUUACGUGAGGU